AUGAACUCCAUUCCGUCCAUGGACAGACACAUACAGCAGACCAAUGACCGGCUGCAGUGUAUCAAACAGCACUUACAAAAUCCUGCCAAUUUCCAAACGGCGGCGACCGAGCUGUUGGACUGGUGCGGCGACCCCCGAGCCUUCCAGCGCCCCUUCGAGCAAAGCCUGAUGGGAUGUCUAACGGUGGUUAGCCGCGUCGCGGCACAACAAGGCUUCGACUUGGACCUCGGCUACAGACUGCUAGCCGUGUGCGCUGCCAACCGCGACAAGUUCACGCCUAAGUCUGCAGAAACCAACUGCUGCAGGAGGUGUCAGUCUGACUCAGCUCUUCUGUCCUCGUGGUGCGAAGAACUGGGACGACUCCUGCUGCUGCGUCACCAGAAGAACAGACAGAACGAGCCCCCAGGAAAAGUGCCCAUGCAGCCCCCCAUGAGCUCCAUGAAGCCGGGUCUCUCGCACGGAGAUGGGUCUUUUCCCUACGACUCGGUUCCCUGGCAACAGAACACCAAUCAGCCUCCAGGUUCUCUGUCGGUGGUGACCACCGUCUGGGGUGUUACCAACACCUCGCAGAGCCAGGUUUUGGGGAAUCCCAUGACCAACAACAAUAAUCCCAUGAACCCCGGUGGCACCCCGAUGGCUUCGGGAAUGUCUGGUAGCAAUCCCGGUAUGAACCCUUCUCAGUUCAGCAAUCCUCAGCAGCAGUUCAACAGCAAAGGCAAUGCCAAUCAGGCCUAUAUGCAGCAGGGUAUGUACGGAAGACCCAACUACCCAGGCGGAGGGGGCUUUGGUGGCAGCUAUCCCGGGGGACCAAACCCUGGCCCUGGAGGCAUGGGCAUGCCUCCCCACUCGCGGCCACCGUCAGACUUCACCCAGCCUGCAGCCGCCGCAGCAGCAGCAGCUGUUGCUGCCGCCGCGGCCACUGCAACCGCCACUGCUACUGCCACCGUAGCAGCUUUGCAGGAGACUCAAAACAAGGACAUGAAUCAAUACGGACCAAUGAGUUCCUCUUUCCAGAUGGGACCAAACCAAGGCUACAAUAGCCAGUUCAUGAACCAGCAUGGACCACGUGGACCCCCAUCCAUUCCUGGUAACAUGGGCUCAGGCAUGAAUGCAUCCAACAUGAGCGGCCCCCCAAUGGGGAUGAAUCAGACUCGGGGCCAAAGUAUGGGACCGUUUGGAGGUCAUGGCCAAAGGAUGCCCCAGCAAGGGUAUGCAGGACCCCGGCCUCAAGGCAUGCCCAUGCAGGGAAUGAAACGACCGUACCCAGGGGAGCCCAACUACGGGGGGCAGCAGUAUGGACCAAACCACCAGUUCCCCAACCAGCAAGGCCCGUACCCGACACCCAACACUUCUCGGCCGCUGCCAUCCAGUAACUACCCCGGGCAACGGAUGCCAGGACAGCAGCUACAGUCCCAAUAUCCGCCACCCAGCGGCCCCAUGGGCCAGUAUUAUAAACAAGAGCCACCUUUUAAUGGCCAAACCACCAACUUUUCGGGAAGUGGUUAUCAAUACAGCCAGGGUAAUAUAAAUGGGCCACCCAGACCAAUGGGCAAUUACCCCCACUCCCCAGUACCAGGCAAUCCAACGCCUCCAAUGACCCCAGGAAGCAACAUCCCUCCAUAUUUAUCACCCAAUCAAGACGUGAAGCCACCAUUUCCGCCUGACAUCAAACCAAAUAUUACAGCUCUUCCUCCACCACCUGGCAACCACAACGAGGAGCUGCGCCUCACCUUCCCAGUCCGAGAUGGGGUCGUCCUGGAGCCCUUCAGGUUAGAGCAUAACCUGGCAGUCAGCAAUCACGUCUUCCAUUUGCGGCCCUCAGUCCACCAGACCCUCAUGUGGAGGUCAGACCUGGAGCUACAGUUUAAGUGCUACCACCACGAGGACCGGCAGAUGAACACCAACUGGCCGGCGUCGGUGCAGGUCAGCGUGAACGCCACACCGCUCACCAUCGAGCGUGGUGACAACAAAACUUCCCACAAGCCCUUGCACUUGAAGCAUGUCUGCCAACCUGGCAGAAACACCAUCCAGAUCACCGUCACAGCCUGCUGCUGUUCGCAUUUGUUUGUGCUCCAGCUGGUCCACAGGCCGUCGGUCCGCUCUGUUCUUCAGGGUUUACUGAAGAAGAGGCUAUUACCGGCUGAGCACUGCAUCACCAAAGUCAAGAGAAACUUCAGCAGUGUGGCGUCGUCAUCGGGCAACGCUGCCCUCAACGGCGAGGACGGCGUGGAGCAGACGGCCAUCAAGGUCUCGCUUAAAUGUCCCAUCACCUUCCGGCGAAUACAGCUGCCAGCCAGAGGCCAUGACUGCAAGCAUGUUCAGUGUUUCGAUUUGGAAUCAUAUCUACAACUGAACUGCGAGCGAGGAACGUGGCGAUGUCCUGUAUGCAAUAAAACAGCGUUAUUAGAAGGGCUGGAAGUGGACCAGUACAUGUGGGGCAUCUUGAAUGCCAUUCAGAAUUCAGAGUUUGAGGAGGUGACGAUCGACCCGACGUGCAGUUGGCGGCCAGUGGCCAUCAAGUCAGAGAUCCACAUCAAGGAAGACCCAGACGCGCCUCUUGCCAAGCGCUUUAAGACCAUGAGCCCAAGCCAGAUGAUCAUGCCCAAUGUCACUGACAUGAUCGCCCAGCUGGGCCCCGGACCCUCGCCGUACCCCUCGCAGCAAGGCGUCAACAGUGGUGAAUAUGGCGGUCAAGGCAACAGUUACCACGGCAACUUUGAGUUUCCUCACGGGACCCCGGGUGCGACGUCAGUGACCGACUUCAUGCACGGACCCCAACUCUCGCACCCGCCCGACAUGCCCAACAACCUGAUGAGCGCGGACAAGCCGCUUUCCCACAGCAUGCCUGACUCGAUACCUCACUCUUCCGUCAACGAGCCCUCACACGGAACGUUGCAGCAGAGCAUACACGGCUCACCGCAUCCGGGUGGCCAAUCGGGGCACCAGCAGCAACAACAGCAGCUCCACCACACCGGCCCCCCGCCACCCUCGCGACAACCUCCGCCCCCUCCUCCUCAGCAACAACAACCUGGUCCGAACAGCCACCCGCACGGCGACCUGACAUUCAACACCUCCAGCAGUUUGGACAGCCAAGCCGGGUCGGACAUGCCAGAACCUUCUUUAGACCUUCUUCCAGAGCUGGCCAACCCGGACGAGCUUUUGUCCUACUUAGACCCCCCGGACCUCCCCAGCAAUAGCAACGACGACCUCCUGUCGCUCUUCGAAAACAACUGA